AUGGCAUAUGGAGGUGAAGGGAAUUCUGGAGACUGGUCCCUCGAGGAUUACCUGAGGAGAAACAGCGAUGCCUUCGCUAUUGUCAUGCCGUUUCAGGGAGUUGCGCUUCGAGGUGAGGGACCGGAGAAUCGGUCCAGGGUUUUCCUGAUAAGCUCGGGUAACAGGAACAUUGUGGUCUUCGAGACAGCCACCGACUGCGUGAUAUGUUUGGAGCUGGUCCCGGUGGGUGGCGAGGUUCGGGAGAUGCCCUGCGGGCAUCGAUUUCACUCCCACUGCAUCCUCAGAUGGCUGGGAAUUCACGGGUCCUGCCCAGUUUUCCGGCGCAUGAUACCGCUGGAUAGGGUGACCGGUCGGAGGAGCUUUCUAUCGAGGGUCAUCCGCCGUGAAGAUCUUGGGAGGAACCCGGGUUCGCUGUCGAAUCUGAGUACGGACGGAGUGAACGAUGCCAGAGGGAGCAUCGUUGAGUUGAGUUGGGUGAAUGAUUUCGAACCCGGGUUCAUUGAUUAUUAG